AUGCUCCUUUACAAUAAUCGGAGGCUACUGCGACUCGUACUGCAAAGGGAGGGCAGCGUGUUCUUCCGGCUGGAGACCAUCCUAGCAGGGCUCCUCUUGGCAGUGAUUGGUGCCUUGGUCCAGUACUCCCGCGACAGCGGCUGGGAGUACGCGCCAGACUUGCAACACCACUAUGGCUUCCAGGCAGUGGGGGUUGGAGUAACCUUCGCCCUCGUCUUCCGCACUCAGCUGGCAUGGGGAAGGUUCUGGGAGGCCACGACCCACCUUCACAUGAUGUACAGCAAGUGGAUGGACGCUUUCGUGCAGUUUCAGGCCUUUGCGGAGGUCACCGCCAAGGCUGCCUUCGAGGAGGGAGAUCGCACGCGGGCGGACUUUCUGUGGCACAAACAGCUGCGGAUGAAGUGGAACUUUGCGUUGCUGAGUGCCGUUGCAGCCGAGAGGCUGUACCGGGGAGACAACGAGCGGAUGAAGGAGGAUGGGUCCGAGCGUAUACGGACGCGCACUGACCUGAGGAUCGAGGGAGAGUGCUUCAGCUCUUGCUUGCCCAAGUUCGUGGAAAGGAGACAUUUCAAGCGUGACAGCAUGCAGGAGGUGUACCCUGUCUUUGAGCUGCCGUCCAAGGACCAGCAAAACUUGCUGCUACAAUCAUACGACCAUGUCGCCACGGUGAUGUACUGGAUUGUGUGGGAUCUGGCCGAUGCCAUGAGACAUUUGGACAUUGCUGCCCCUAUCCAAUCCAGAAUGUAUCAAGAGCUAUCCAAUGGCAUGCUGGGCUUCAGCAACUGCCUGAAGAUUGCUGAUGUACCUUUUCCUCUGCCCUAUGCGCAGUUGCUGGGCCUCUUGCUGAUUGGAUUCUCUUGCUUCAUCCCUGUGUAUGUGGUGAUUUUUACGGGCUCACCGAUUGCUGGCCCGAUUCUUUGCUUCAUCCUCUUUGUGACCCUCUGGUGCCUAAAUGAAGUUGCAAAGGAGUUGGAGAAUCCCUUCGGGCAGGAUGCAAAUGACAUUCCUCUGCUGGACUUUCACCUUCGCUUUACGGACGUCCUGGCAGAUGCGUGCAAUGCCAAUCAUCAUGCCAUGCUCUGCCAACCCCUAAUGGGAGUCCAGCUCAACACCACGGAGUUGUGCCGCACUUGGGUCUGA